UUUCCAAAGUUAAUCAAAUCACCAUCUUCAACAACUUCAUGGAUUUCAAACUCAUCUUCUCCUUCAUCAACUCUCUCUGAAUCCAGCAACUGCCCUCUCGCAAUCUCCACCCGGAAGCCGCGGACGCCUCGGAAACGGCCGAACCAGACUUACAACGAGGCGGCGGCGAUUCUCUCCACGGCUUACCCUAAGAUUUUCCCAACCAAAUCAAACCCCUGCAAAUUCACCAAAUCGCAUGGUGGUAAUGAAAAGAAUCCGUUUUUAUUCGAGACGUCGGACUUGCUUAUGCCGUUUCGGGUUAUGGACGACGGUUCGGAGUAUUUGCUGCAUCCGCCGCCGGCGAAGGGGUUUAUUUUGGUGGAGAAGGUGUGCCGGAGUCUUGGGGAGAUCAAUUCGCAGGGGAAUUCCACCUCUGAAAUCUGCGAUGAUUAUAGGGAAGAUUUCGAUGAGGAAUCGAUUCUGGAUGAGGAAAUUGGGGCGGGGAUUGAUAGUAUAAUGGGGAAUUCCGGUUUGGAGGUCGCCGUUGGACUUGAUUUUUUUUGA